AUGGCAGUCCCUCCACCUUAUGCAGACCUUGGAAAAUCAGCGAAAGAUAUUUUUAACAAAGGAUAUGGCUUUGGGCUAAUAAAGCUUGAUGUGAAGACCAAGUCUUCAAGUGGAGUGGAAUUUAAAACAUCCGGUUCAUCAAAUGUAGACACCAGCAAAGUCACUGGUACUCUUGAAACCAAGUACAAAUGGGCUGAAUAUGGGUUGACAUUCACAGAGAAGUGGACCACAGAGAACACACUUGGAACAGAAGUUUGUGUUGAGGACCAGAUCACCAAAGGGCUGAAACUUAAUUUUGACACUACAUUUUCACCAAACACUGGGCAAAAGAGUGGCAAAGUGAAGACGGCUUAUAAACGGGAAUAUCUCAAUGCCGGUGUUGAUGUAGAUUUAGAUUUUGCUGGUCCUACUAUACAUGGAGCAGUGGUGGGUGGUUAUGAAGGAUGGUUGGCAGGCUACCAGAUGACUUUUGACUCAGCUAAAUCUAAGAUGACCCAGAGCAACUUCUCAAUUGGUUACAAGACUGGUGACUUCCAGCUCCACACCAAUGUAAAUGAUGGGUCAGAGUUUUGUGGAUCCAUUUAUCAGAAGGUAAAUGACAAACUGGAGACUGCUGUGAAUCUUGCCUGGACAGCAGGCAAUAAUGGCACUCGCUUUGGAAUCGCUGCAAAAUACCAGUUAGACUCCAGUGCCUCCAUAUCGGCUAAAGUGAACAAUGCCAGCUUGGUUGGAAUUGGGUACACCCAAACCCUGCGGCCUGGCAUGAAACUCGUCCUCUCGGCAUUAGUGGAUGGGAAGAGUAUCAACGCUGGUGGUCACAAGUUAGGUCUAGGCCUGGAACUAGAGGCAUGA